AUGCGGCUCUCAUCAGUUUGGAUUUUCAUUGCGAUCACGUGCAUUUCGCCUUCGUAUUGUAAGUGCGGUAUAUCAAAAGGUGUCGAGAUUCAAGUGUCGCAAGAGCGACUGCGCAAAGGCGAUGCGUAUAAUAUUACCUGUUCGAUUGUAGAUCUCGAAGAGGUGCAACGCAAUUGCAAAUCAUCACAGAUUGAUAUGCUCGCGAAUAACACGAAAGUGGCCACGAAAUAUAUCAAUGCGACAACCUUGUAUCAUCAAGUUGAUUCGGCUCAGCCACAACACAUAAGCAGCGGAUAUUUUUGUUCCUGCAACGGAGCAGGUCUCGUGGCCAUUAAAUUCCAGAUUGGUGUUCAGCUGCACAUCGACGAUUUUGAUUGCCACUUUUUGGAUGAACCCGGUACGCAACUUGUGUGCACAUUUAGUGCGCCGCCUCAGUCCUUCGUUGUGAAUCCACAAACCAGUUAUAAGCUCGAAUAUAAGAGGCGCUGGUGGAACUGCACCACAACAACAAACAGCUUUGCAAGGGUGCAAUGCAUUGUGCCCAGUAGCCACUUCAGCAAGUUUGAAUCCGAAUAUAAGCUGACGGUCUCCAUGGACGAUGGUCUAGGUGUGAUGAAUAACACAUUCACGCGAUCCAAGACCGAGUGCACUGUGCUGCCGGCCAUGGAGGAGCUGAGGCAGCUCAAUCGCAGCAGCAACUCCCACUGCCUACAAUAUACAGAUUUGAGGAAAUCAAAUCAUGAUGGCGCGUGCUGUGAAUACAAUCUUAAAUUGGAGCCAAAUACUACCCACAAAGUGUCGACUGACAAUUCAAACCUAAUAAUAUGUCUGUCGCAACUGUUGCCGCACCAGAACUACACGUUAAACGUGAGUCGGCGUCUCAACCAUCCAAAAACACAUUGGAGCGAGGAAGCUGUUUACAAGUUUAGCACAGAUGCCACCAUUCCGCCACGGCCGCCAAAUGUCUGGUCGAAUGGUUAUGUCGUCGAUAGCAGUCGCCGGGAAUUGCUAGUGUAUUGGCAGCCAUUAAAUGAGAGCGAAUAUAAUGGAUUUAAUUUCACCUACAACGUUACUGUGCGCGACAGCCUGGGAAACUUUCAAGUCGGGAAUGCAAACAUUCACCUGGAAUCGAAUACGGCUCGCAUCAGCGGCAUGCCACCGUCGACAUCGGGGAGCGAUACCUAUGUGAUAACAAUCAAAAGCCAAAAUAGUGCGGGACUCUCGGAAAACAGCAGCGACAUUUUGAUAUCCCAGUUGACAAAUGCAGAGGAUCGUAAACCGAUUGAUAUGUGCAUCGAAACGGAAACACAGAAAUUGCGUUGGAAAGAACCGAAGAUAACCGACGGUCUCACCUCCUAUACUAUCUAUUCGUGUGAUACCACUAAAGCCGUUCCCGAUCGCUGUAAGGAUCCAUUACGUCUAGCGGCAACGAAUACGAACAGUUGGGAUAAUUAUUUCAUCUUCCAUAAUUCAUAUAAAUAUUAUAAAUGGGCCGUUGCUGGCAACUACAGCGGAUCGACGGCCGCCGGUGGCAUUGUCUGGUUGGAUGAUAAGAAUUCGUGUCACACGAAUGCUGGCGAAUGGUGGUUCGACAACCGAAAUGUUCACGCAAUCAUUGCACUGGGCGUUCUUGGCGUUACUUUAUAUUUUCUUAUACGCAAAUUCCGCUACAUGUCGGACAUUAAGGUCGACCUGCCACCUGGUGUUCUAGUCGAUCGGGAGUCGAAUCAAUUGCUACUCACCGCGACCGAUGACAUUCCCCUCACUCGCAGACAGGAUGUAUACAGCGUGACCAUAAAGCCAAUUGUCAUCGACAAUAAAAGCGACAUCACCGAUAAAAAUACCAGCACGGAUAACAGCGCUUACAUUGAUACCAGCGCUACCACCGAUAACAGCGCUUACAUUGAUACCAGUUCAACCAUCGAUAAGAACACUUUUAGCAUCGAUAACGUCAAUAAUGCUGGCUACACAGAACUCUCGCCUAUGUUGUCAACGCCACGAUUCAGCGCCACCGAUAACAAAUCGAUAAGUCCUCGAAAUGAACCUGCUGUUAUGGACUACGUUGCGAUGGAUAUGGUGGCAAGGCGACAGCUUCCCGAAUAUGUUAAGCCACCGGGAUUGUAUACAGUUUUGUAAAUGAUCCCAAGUCUUAAGUUUUUUCACCUACACAUUGUAAAUAACACGAUUGCAUUUAUUUAAUUAAGCUUUUUUUUUUGUAUGCAUACAUACAUACAUGAGUCUCGUAUUUUCGCUACCUCAACAGUAUGUCUCAUAACAAGAUAAGUACGAGAUUUCCUAACAUUUCCCAACGACGAAACAUCCAGAAAAUUGCAAACUUAUGUGUAACUCUUAUCGUUUGAACAAUCAGGACAAAAUAUGAUGAUUCACGAUGACAUUCUUAAAUACCUACUAGCUUUUUCUAUAGACUAAUUGUCAAUGAAGAUAAAACUGUAAUUUUGUUGUUGUUUUGUAUACUUAAUUUAUUUGAAGAUAUUUGUAAGUUUAAUCCAUCGACAAGAAGACAGUUGAAAUACCUCAACACUUGAGGUGCUCCAAAUAUAAUUUUAUAAAAUAGUAUUUAAUACAAAAAUCUAUUGUAAAACCAACCAAAGUAAUGAAGUGCAAUUGAUUUGCAGUAUCUCAGUAUGUAUGUAUAUAGUAGAGUUUUUAGCAGCUGAAGGAGUGGGACCAUGCCACCAACUUAUCCUAACCGAGCUGAAAGUCGCAAUAGUCUUCUAGAGAUUGGAUGUGCUGGACUUGCUGCCGUGCCAUUUGUAGGAGCCAUAGUAACGGAAAUUGGCCUCCUCACACUUGCGGUCCGCCUCCUUGGGACCACGGGAACCAUAGACAUAGGGCAAGGGCUUCGUGUGUUCCUGUUCGAUUUUGUGGAGAAUGGGCGUAAAGAUGCGCCACGCCUCGCGCAACUCAUCGGAGCGUACGAAAUGCAUUUGGGAGCCACAGAAGACAUCGAGUAUCAAGCGUUCAUACGCAUCCGGCAGAUAGGAAUCCUUGUAGCGAUGCUCGUACGUCAAAUCCAAUUCGGUUUCCUCAAUAUCAAACGUGAUGCCCGGACUUUUGGUCAUCAUCUUAAAGUAGAGCGCCUCGCCGGGCUGGACACGUAUGACCAGCUCGUUUCGUUUCGUAUUCCCCUCGAAGAUGUCCCCGGGGACAUCCUGAUAUUGAAUGCGAACCUCCGCCUUGCGUUCGUUCAACGCUUUGCCGCAACGCAAGAUGAACGGAACGCCCUGCCAACGUUCAUUGUUGAUCUUCAUGACGGCCAUGGCAAAUGUGGGCGUCGUUGAAGUACUCGUUACGGUUGGAUCCUCCAAGUAGCCAGUGCGAGCAUCCUCUGUGGUCCCAUCCGGGUUGCACACAUACUGACCCAAGACCAUGUCGCUGAGCUCCAGCGCUGGAAUACUCUUUAGCACCUUGACCUUUUCGUCGCGUAUGUCAUCGGGAUGGCACGAGACGGGCUUCUCCAUGGCGACCAGCGAGAGUAUCUGUAUCAAAUGGUUCUGCAUCACAUCGCGAAUGAUGCCAAACUCAUCGAAGUAACCGCCACGGCCCUGGGUGCCGAAGGGUUCCUUGAAUGUGAUCUGCACGGACGCGAUAUUUUCGCGAUUCCACGUCGAGCUGAGGAUCUUGUUGCCAAAACGUAUGGUCAUCAAAUUCUGUACCAUCUCCUUGCCCAGAUAGUGAUCGAUGCGAUAGAGUUGCUCUUCAUCAAACAGGCUCGCCAGAUGAUCGCUCAAUGCCUUCGAGGUAACAUCGUCGCGGCCAAAAGGCUUCUCUACGAUCACGCGAUUCCAGCCGUUGCGCGACAUGCAGAUGUUCUUGAUGUUCAGCGUGACCAAGUCAUACACACUGGGCGGCAAUGCCAAAUAGAAUAUGCGAUUCGCCUUGCAGUGAUUCUCCAUCUGCUCCAAUUGCUGAUUGAGCAGCUCGUAGCCGGUGCGACCAUCGUAGGCACCAGCCACAUAGCUGUUGAGGCUCCAGAACUCAUCGUACUUGGCUUGCUCACCGGGUUGAACCUGCAGCGAGAUAAGUAUAGAUAAUGGUAUGGUAUUUUGUAGAGGAAAAGAAAACGCACCUUCAUGUAGGCGUCGCAGUUAGAGCGGAGCUUUUCAAUGGACAUCUUGGAGCGAGCAUAACCGCAUAUUUUCGUGGGUUUUGGCAGCAAAUCAUCGCGGUAAAGCCACCACAAAGUAGGAUAGAUCUUCUUUUUCGCCAGAUCACCCUGCAACAGUACAAAACAUUAGCUUUAGGAGCGCAGGAAUUGAGUAACUUAUUCGAGUGAAGUCAGGGAGAU